GAAAAACAUUUCUCAAACUCUCUCUCUCUCUAUUAUUCGAUCAAUUUCUUCAACUAAAAAUGGCAAUUCAAAAUUCCAACUCUUUUCAACCCAAAGCCAUUUUCUCAUACCUACUCAUUUUAUCUCUCACAAUAACAUUUGCUACAGCAGGUCGAAUCCUUGACGAGGAAGUGGCCACCCCUACUUCAGGGGCAACUACGGCUGAUGCAGUUGUUGGAGCUGCAGGUGCAACACCUGCAGCUGGUGCUGCUGUAGCCGGUGGAGUGGGUACUGGUGCUGGUGCUUAUGACGAUCAUACAUUUUCCUUCUUCAUGCAUGAUAUCCUUGGAGGAUCAAAUCCUUCAGCUAUAGCCGUUACCGGAAUCGUAACAAACCCCGCAGUGAGCGGUCAAGUCCCAUUCGCGAAACCAAACGGUGCCGUUUUAGCAGUUGACAACGGCGUCCCCACUAACAACGCCAACAGCGGAAUCAUCAGCAAUAACAACAUCCCUUUCCUUACUGGCCUUAGCGGAACAACGUCUAAUUUUAUUAAUGGAAACAGCAUAAUCGGAGGCGGUAACGGUUUGCCAGCUAUCAAUUUGCAGCAAUUGGGAUCAGGAAUUAGUUUCCAGAAGCUCAUGUUCGGUACGUUGACCGUAUUCGACGAUGAAUUGACCGAAGGACACGAGCUUAACUCGGGUUUAAUCGGGAAAGCUCAGGGAUUUUACGUUGCUAGUUCGGAAGACGGAUUGAGUCAAACGAUGGCGUUUAAUGUGAUGUUUAAGAGUGGAAGUUAUGCUGAUAGUUUGAGUUUUUUUGGUGUUCACAGAAUGGGAGUUUCGGAAUCACAUCUUGCGGUUAUGGCUGGCACCGGAAAAUAUGUUAAUGCUAAGGGAUUUGCUACUGUUAAGACUUUUCCGGCUACUAAUCAGCUGCAGGAAACAGAUGGUGUGGAGACUCUUCUGCAUAUUACUGUCUAUCUUGCUUAUUAGUGUGUUUAAUUUGUGAUUUCUUUCUACUUCUGCUGUGUUUUGAUAAGUCAUUGCUG